AAUAUCAUUGUACCCAUGGGUGCGUGUGUCAAAAACUGUCGAUUAUUUAAGAUAAUAGUAGAAAAUAUGACGGGUCGGCAGAUCCGUCGUUUGCUGUACGGACUGCUGAUUUUGGCGUUAUUUGUCAUUGUUAUACAUAGUGGCCGUACUGCGUAUUGGCUGGCUAAGGAUGGACAUUACUCAGGACAACAGCACCUCUCCACCGAGGACCAGCCAGAUUACAACGAACAACAGAACUUACAAUAUUUGGAGUCACCGAUUCAAUCUUUACAAACAUACAGUCCUUUAAUGAUGGAACCGAACGAAAUUUCAAAAUCGCUAUUACCAUGGUAUUUUAAAGAUGGCUUGCUGAGGCCAAGCAGAGCUAAAAAGAAUAUGAAGACUGGACAAAGAACUACGCAGGUGUGGCCUAAAGAACAAAAAAACGGUGACCGCGUUGAAAACCAACUGAUGUUCAUACCGCCUAAUUAUCGAUACGACGAUGAACCGAAAAAAAAAAUUUUACUUUUCAAUGGUUUAAGUAGUUGGAUGGUAGACGACGGACAGAAUGUAUUUAUCUCGAAACAAUGUCCGGUGAAUAGAUGCACAAUUACUACGAAAAAAUCAGAAGCUCCAGACGUUGACGCAAUUUUAUUUCGUGAUCAUUUCUCACAUCCCGGUCACAGGAAAACUGGUAAACAAGUAUGGAUUUUAUAUUUUCUCGAGUCACCGUACCACACAGAACUGAUCACUUACAACGAUGUGUUCAACUGGACAGCGACAUACAGACACGAUAGCGAUAUCGUAACGCCAUACGAACGAUGGGCGUACUACGAUCCAUCAGUGACACAAGUUGAACGAUUAGAACGGAAUUACGCGUUUAACAAAACGAAACAAGUGGCGUGGUUUGUAUCAAACUGUGGUGCCAAAAACGGCAGAUUACAAUACGCCAGAGAAUUGGCCAAAUAUAUAUCAGUAGACGUAUACGGCGUGUGUGGACAAUUCAAGUGCCCUAGAUCGGACAAGUGUUUCCAAUUGUUGGACCAAGAUUACAAAUUUUAUUUGGCUUUUGAGAACUCCAAUUGUUUCGACUACGUAACCGAAAAGUUUUUCGUUAACGGCCUCCAGCACAACGUUCUGCCAAUAGUGAUGGGUGGGCGCCGGGAUGACUACGAGCGGAUAGCGCCCAAGCGAUCGUACGUGCACGUGGACGACUACGAGUCACCCAAACAGCUAGCCGAGUACCUGCGGCGGUUGGACGCCGACGACGACCUGUACAACGAAUACUUCCGGUGGAAAGGCACCGGCGAGUUUAUCGAUACGAAGUUCUUCUGCCGGCUGUGCGCGAUGCUGCACGACGACGGCGCACCAGCCAAGCACUACCGGAACGUCAACGACUGGUGGCGCGGCCAGGGCGUCUGCAACAACGCUAUGCCGUGGCGGCGGUUCAUCGAGUCGUCUGUCGAGGCCGGCGAAUCGGCUGGCCCGAAACCGGUGGUCAGUGGUGAUUAGCGUUUACCGCAGGCGGCGGCCGCGGCGCUUGACUACAUCACGGGGCGCUGGAGACGUCAGCGCCGCCGUCGCCGCCGCAUCGUCGUGGAGCCGUCGUCACCACCGUCGCUGUCGUCGGAAGUCGACUUUUGGCGUCCUGGUGGCGCCACCGCGGUGGGUCCGCCGCCGCCGCCGAUGCCCACCGUAUCGCCGCCGUCGCCUGCACGCCCGAACGUCCGGAAACAGCCGCCGGAACCGGCGCCGCCGCCGCCGCCACACGUGCGCAUGUCGAGCGCUGCACGGAGACGACGCAGGGGCCGCCGAAAGAACUUUCACGACGGGUCUCGGCCUGCUUCUGCAGCACAUCGUCAUCAGGCGUAAACGGUUCUCAUCGAACCAUAACGACAAUCGCAUGUAAACUGCAGCCGCAGCAAGUGCACGCCGCCGUAUCUAUAUAAUAUGAUACACCAUAAUAUAUAAUAUUAUAUAUUGUAAUCGCCAAAACCGAUAUUGUCCACUGCCAACCCCACUCGAAAAUAAUUUACAGUCCGCAUAAGCCGAGCACUUUCGUACUUUUAACUAUAUACUUAAAUGGUAAAUGCCAACUAUAAACGGUUGUGUGGGUCGAUCCGAUUCGAUCCGAUUAGCGGCUGUCGACGGCGCCUCGUUCAAUCGACCAUCCACCCACCACUCAUCCAUUCACAUGUCAUUAGCAUCGAGAACGGUGUAAAUUUGUUUUGUUGUACAUAUAAUAUUAUUGAUUCUCCGAGAUAUAAGACCCGGUCGUUGCGUCAAUACACACAGACUUUUUUUCCGGCUGACUGCACGUCCAUCUGUACACAAAUUGUACAUUCACAAUUGAAACGUUUAAAUAAUAAAUAUGAUAUUAUUCCAUAAUAUUGACUAUAGUACUUAAGUACAACCUAUACAAUUUAGUCAAAAAGCGAAAAAGUACAAAUUCGUUCUAUAGAAGUACAAAAUACCUGUACAAUAGAAUUGAGAACAAUCUGUUAACAAUAACUAAUAAGUACCUAUUAAACUAUUUAUGUGUUUACAGUGGAUUUCAGUGCAUAAUAUGUUCUAUUAUAUAUUUAUAUCUAUAUAAUACGAGUGUCAUACAAAUUAAAAACGUCUUCCACUGGUAUGAUAUUAUCGAAAUUCUACAAUUAUUAUAUGUAUAAAGUAUCUUUAAACAAAUCAAAUGUUAAUAUCGACUGAAUUAUAGACAUAAUAAUAGGCAUAAUUUUAAACUUAUUCAUUCACCGAUGUAAAAACCGUUUUUCAUAACACUGUUAUAUAUUAUACAUUAACUAUUCUCGAUAAUCUUUAGAAAAUUGUAUCAAUAUAUAAUAUACGCAUAGUAUUAUUGUUUGUUAAGUAUUAUUUUUUUUAAAUAUUACAUUAUGACGCCUAGGUUGUUAUUGUUAUUAAUAUUACAAUGCACAAUAUAUUAUUAUUUUAUACCUCCUGUGAUAACAAAGUGAUAUUUUUUAAUUACGAUAUUAGGCGCAAAUAAGCAAAUGUAUGUAAAAUAUUUCUGAAGUGCUUAUAUUAUAUAUAAUAUUAAAUAAUAAUAUAUAUAUAAAUACUACGAUUUGUAUGUAAAGACUACAAAAGAAUUACUCAUGCGCCAUUUUCUCAUAAAUAUACUUGCGCCUAUUCGAUAUUAUUUAAAAUUACAUACUAUUAUUAUAGUAAAUUAUCUUAAGUUUAGUUUUACCUAUAAAGUUAAAUAUUAGAAGGAACUUUCAAUACGGUGCUGCUAAGCAUCGAUUGAAAUUUUUUUUAUUGUUUUUAUGUUAAAUAAUUGUUACAAAUAAAUAAAUAAAUCUUGUAUAAUAAUUACAUUGAAAAUAAUUGUUUAGUUGUAUUUAUAAAUUAUUACAUAUUGUGUGUAUUUUAUAUUGUGUGGCUAUAUUUAUCAAGAUAAUAAAAUUAUUUUGUAGAGUUUA